CUCUACCUCCGUAUCCCUCUCUCUCCUCUCUAUCACUCUCUCGCAGAUGCCACAUCACACCACACACUCUCCCUUUCUCUCCCUCUCUCUCUCCCUCUCUCUCUCCCUCUCUCUCGUCCGUCUGCUCUCUGCUCUCUCAUUCGCUCCGCCGGCUCGUUGCCGGCUGUCAGUUCAUUUGCCGUGGCAGAGCAACAACUGGCUUCUUUCAGCGCUCGGAGCAGAGGGGGGAAGGCGAAAGCAGCAGGAAGAGUGGAAGGAGAAAAAGUGGAGGAGAACGAGGAGAAGGAGAAAAGGAGGAGGAGGAGAUCUUUUGUUAAGCAUCCAUCCCUCCCCUCAUUCCUCCCUGGCGGCGGCAGCAUCAGCACCGCUGCCUCCUCCACCGCCGCUGCUGCUCCCACUGCUGGAUCCUCCGUCUCCUGCCGGGAUCUGCCUCCUCCUUCUCCUCAGGGAGCUCUUCCUGGAACUGGGAGGGGGAGGGAGAUCACCACCUCCCAGCUUGCCGCGGACCCUCUGCAAGGCAUCGGGAGAAGGGAAGGAAGGGAGGAAGGAAGGGGAGGGAAUUUUAGAAGAGGUGCGUCGGGAGAGCAGAGAAGAGGCAACACCCUGGGUUACAGAGCAGAGAGGAGAAGAAGAAAAGAGGAUCUCAUUACACCCAGAUAGGGCCAAGCAGGAGGAGCAUCAGCGGCAGGGAACUGGACGUCACCGCUGGAUGAGGACUUCCAGGAGACAGGGGCGGCGCUUACCGGGCCUUGACCCAGAGGAGCCAUUGAUGGAGCCUUGCCUCACGCUGCAGCGAGGCGUCUUCAAUCAAUGCGACUGCCCCACUUUCUCUAUAUGUGUAUGUGUCUGUUUGCCACUGGAGCCUGAAGGGAGGCUGCUGAUGGUGGCGGCGAUGGCCAUGGUGGUGAUGUUGGUGGUGAUGAUGAUGAUGCGAUGGCAGUGGCGCUGCUCACGUGAUUUCUGGCUUAGCUCCCCGUGUUUACUGAAAGACUCUCUUCGGUGACGGGUAUUCUUGGGUGGAUAAUACGGAUCACGUUGUUAUUGCUUAAGAAUACGCGUAGUCGAGGAGAGUCCUCUCUUCGCCCAACAUCAGCAACACCCACAGCCCCCGACACCCACCCACCCACCUCACCUCACCCCGACUACCCACCCACCCACCCACGGAGGACUGUCAGGUUGGACGAAGCCACACCUCCUCUUUCCACCCUUCCAAAAAGAAAAAAAACAAAACAAAAAAACCCCACCUCUUCUUUGAUCUGUACUGCAUUGCGAUGUAUUUUUGUUUUCCUGCCCACUUCCUGUCUGCUGAGCCAUGGUUUGAGGUCGAGAGUGUCCUCACGUUUGUCCCACUGUGCAUCUGUUAGUCUGUCUCUGUCUCCAUGGCGUUGGACAACGUAGUGUGUUUGUUUUGUGUAUGUGUGCGUGCGUGUGUCGGACAUGUUGCUUCGAGAUCGUCCGGUCUCAGAGAAAAACUGGCACAUUGUCUUGUCUGACAGCAACUUCUUAUUAUGUAACUCUAUCUGCAUGAACAGUGUCUGUUCCCGUGAUGUAAGGACAGCAUGUUAGCUUGCUCACUAACACUAACAUGUAUAUUUACAUUAGGAGGGUCAGGCCUGAUUAUUGAUUUGGAGAUAUAUGGGGUCAAUACUGGCUUAAACCCUUUAAUAAGCUGAGGCCUGAAUAUGUGCUGGGAGUCAACCUUGGCUAUAACAUUAGUUAGAAAGCUGCACAGUCUUUUUCUGUGUACACCACAGACUAAUACAUAGACAUACAAAACAAUGCAGAAUACUCACUUUUAGUACUAUAGGUAUAGGAUUUGAAACCUUGCGGCUGUGUUUUCAUUUCAUUUCUAAACUGACUAGUAUGACCAGGUUAACCUACUAUGGGGUCCUAGGCUAAUAACAAGCAAAUGGGCCCCCAUUAAAACCCCUUUCCAUCCUCCCUCUGUAAAUUGUGCAGUGAUAGCUGGCUGCAGGUUUGUUAGGUGCUAAUUUCAUUAGUCACAAAUAAUUAAUGCACAUGCAACAUGUAAAUGCAAAACUAAAACGAUGAAAAUUUUGACAGGGCCGCAGGAUUAGGGUUAGAGUUAGGGUUAACAAAUCAGGACCCAACUUUAGGCUAUUCUCAUGUUAGCUGAUAUUGUACUGAUAUAUAUAUAUAUAUAUAUACAUACAUACAGUACUUUAGGUUAAAAAAAGAAAGAAAAAGAAAAAUCAAAACAAAACAACAAAGAUAAAAAUAAAUAAACAAUAAUAAUAAUAAUAAAAAA